AUGACACGGAUCCCAUGUUGCCUGCUGGUCUUGAGACUUCCAGCAUCGCCUCUGUCGCGUCUGACUCUGGAGCCGUUUGCCAACACAGCCUGGUCUCCGUUGGAACCGGCGUUGAGGACAGUGUGUGUGGCGAGGCAGCCACCUCUGCUGGACAAGAAGAUGAGGUUCAGCGCCUCCGACAUAUGGUGUCGUCCCAGCAGCAGAGGACAUGCUUCGCUGAGAGCUGUGUGCGUCUUGCGAUUCGAACGAGCAUGUGUGUCAUGUCGGCAGCGAGAAUCUGUGAUGCCUAGUCGGCUCUCUAUGGAAGAUCCUUAUGCAGCCUUACUAGAAGACUGCGUGUUUGCGCCUCUGUCGCCACCGCUGUGGCAACCUCAUGCUUCUGAAAGAGCUUUGUGCGUACAUGUGUGUCUGUGUGUGUGUGUGUGUGUGUGUGUCUGUGUGUUUGCGCAUGACGAGUCUUAUGCGCACUGUCGAGCGAUCAUUUCGCAGAUGCCAAGGGCCAUGGAGUGCACAUCGUUGCAAGACAGGCGCCAAACUUCAAGUUUCUUGCUGUCCGGCGUCGGCGUGAAAAGAGAUUUCAGAGCUCUCUCGAAGCUGAGAGGAUCCUUUCCACGCCCAAGCGCCAACUCGAGACUGACGAGUGCAACGCCGCUUUCCAGCAGUGCCUUGACGAAGGUGCGCGCGCAGGGAGGACCACUACACUUUAGCUCCUUUAUGCGUCGGGAGCGAAGCCGUCAGGAGACUUCGGCGACGACGGCCGCAAAUUCCAACACACUUGUGGUUUGCACAGCCCUGCUGAUGCCUUAG